CUUAACUACAGAGGCAUGACAUUUAUCUCGUAAACGCCAUCUCAGAAUCAUGCACAAAGCUCCCGGUGAGUCUAGCGGGCAGACGGGCACCCGGAUCCUCCUGGAGGCGAUGUCGAAGGAUAAAGUCCACCUGGCGAGGUUUGUUCUGGACGCGCUGGAUGGUGAGAUCGUGGACUACAGGACAGAGAGCGCACAGACGCCCCUCAUCUCCUCUGUGCUGCUACCUGACGCCCAGGCGCGCUCUAAGUUUGUAGAGCUGUUGCUACAGAGAGGCGCCCGCGUCAACUGUCGAGACGGCGACGGGCGCACUGCGCUCAGUCACGCGUGUGAGAAAGGCUACCUGGAUGCUGUGAAGAUCCUGGUCCGAAACAACGCAGACCCCGAGGUCGUAGACUCCUGGGGCAACACUGCGCUGAUGUACGCCACAGUAGCAGGUCGCUCUGCCGUGGUUGAGUUUCUGGUGAGAGCUUUCAAGAGACUGGGUCUUCAGAUUGACAGGCAGAAUAAAGUUGGAAACUCUGCUGUUGAAGUGGCGAAGUUUCUGGGCCACACUGAGUGCAUCUUUGCGCUCACGAACAACUCAAAGAAGAGCCGUGAGUGUGACAGUGACGCUCAGAGAAACGCUCUGCCGCGACUUGGUUUGAGGAAUGGUGGUGAAAGAGACACGAUUGAGAAGAAAGUUGGACAGUUAGCGAACAAACUUGAGGCUCUCCAAACAUGUAGCCAUGCAGACUGCAUACGCUUUCAAAGGUGCACGUGGCAGACACGGCCUAGGACAAAGAGUGGGUUACCAUCGAUGGACUCAAUAGAGGAGUUUGAAAGAGAGAAUGACUGUUCAUCCUCGCCUCUUCAAGAGCUGGAUUUCUCUGGAGUCCUGACCCACACACUGCCUUCGCGGACUCCUGACCAUUCUCCCACCUAUAAACAAACCUGUGACAGGCUGACCACCUUUGAUGACCGCCUCCCUCCUCUUACACAGAGCUGCGACACUCAAAACUCUAUUUUCUUCUCACCUCGCCCCAACAGAAACAUGUCCAAACUUAAUGUGCCUUCGGCACUUGGCAUCUUACUGACUCCUAUUCUUAAAACUGAGAGAGAAUCUGGAACAGAAACAUCGAAACUACUCGACUUUGGCGUGCGCAGGUUUCAUGACAGCUAUUACAAAAAAAGAUGCAGUCUACCAACCAGUAUCCUCAGCCCCACACCCCCGGAGCGCACAUUGGUGCCUUUGCGUAAAUCCAGGACCAUGAGGAGGCGCGACGCGUCUCCGUGCAAAGCUGAGCCACUUCAACUGAGCCCGACCUCUGCCACUUCAACAACGACUUUUUCAGUGUUGAGCAACAAGCUCUUGCGUCGGUUCACGUCCCCGGAAUUUCAAAAAGACACGAAAGAUUCGGAGGAAGAUCCGGUUUUGACUUCAGGUCGAAUUCCGCGAUCUGAAACUUUCCCCCAAAGUAAUAAACAUCCACAGGUUGGAAGCAAACCCAGCAUCGACAGCAUCAGCUCCGUCAAGUGCGAGUUUGACUUUAAUUUCAAAAUGACAAACUCUUAA